UGGUGAAUUGUCCAAUUCUUGUUAAUCUUCAAUAAAAUGUAUAACCAUUUUUAUAAGAUUUUUUCGUGAUAAUGCAGAGAUAUCUAGCAAUAAUUUUACGUGUUUCUUAUAAACAAUUAUAAUAUUAUAUUAAAAUUUGUGAAAUAUGUCUUAUAUCACAUAAAUUUCAUGAACAUAGGAAUGUAAAUAUGGAAGACAUGGAGUUCCAAAACACUCCAUGUUACCGUCAACCGCUAGACUUCUAUGACUUAUAAAUUUGGAUGUGAGACUGGAUGUAAAAAUCUUAUGCGAAAAAUGUUGGUACAUCAAGAGAAUCAUUUAAAAAAUUAUGAAGAUAUUUGAGCGUCUAGUCUUCUGAAAUAUAAAUACAAGCAUGCACCACAACAGAAGGAAAAAGAAGAGAGUAAAUUAUGGUGUUCGAGCUGUGGAAGUGGUUCGUGGGACAAAGGGAUAUGGUUUUACUAUUUCUGGACAACAGCCAUGUAUCUUAAGUUGUAUUGUACAAGGAAGUCCUGCUGAAAAUGCUGGGCUACGAGCAGGAGAUUAUUUGGUAGCUGUUAACGGCCAUAACGUUAGUAAAGUUCCACACGACGAUGUAGUACAGCUAAUAGGACACUCCCAAGGUGUCCUAAGAUUACAGAUAGCUGAAAAUUAUUAUUCCGAUUCAUCGGACGAAGAAGGUUUUGCUACUGUUAGGUCCAAGCCCAAAUAUGCUCACAAACCACGUGCAAACAAUACGAAUGCUAUACAGUUACAAUGUAGAGUUGCUAAAGUCGUUAGGGAUUUACAAAGCGGUGCCAUGUUCGAUACAACUGGAAGAACAGUGCAGCAAAGUAAAAUACAUUGUAAUCAUCUCCAUCAUCGUUGGAACAUGAGCAAUCCUCUUCCUCCGCCACCUCCACCUACAUCGCAUAAACGAGAUUCUGAAAAAAUUGUACAUAGAACUGUAGUCGGUUAUUUAGGUACUAUUGAUAUUCCUAAUCAAUUGCAUCCAUCUUCUAUGAUGCAGGUUCUACGAAAAUGCAUCAAAAGGUUAAAAGCAGAAAAACGAAAUCCGACUACAGUACUUUUAACGAUACACGUGGCAAACAUAAAACUUACUAAUUCAGAAAAUCUUGUGAUCGCUGAAUAUCCGUCUUAUAGAAUAAUAUUUUGUAAUUCUUUUUCCGAAGAAGAUAAACAGUAUUUUGGAAUAUUAACAAAGUCUGUCAAAGACAAGGAUGACAUAGUUUCGAAUUCGUGUCAUGUGUUCACUAUAUAUUAUAAGUUAAUAGAUCAUGCAAUACACUCUAGUACUUGUAACGUAUUUGGAUUUACAUGUACGAAGACUUCGGAGCUCAAUAUGUGCCAAGAAUUUCCCGAUAGCUGCAACAGUUUAAUAGGAGCCAUACAAACCUUAUAUAUAUCCGAUACUACGAAUGGCGAUGCCAAUCCGUACAACGAAGCGCGAAGACGUCAGGAUGCUGCUUCGCCUCAACCUAGCAACGUUAGCACGUCGACAGCUCAUUCAAGCAAUAGCGAUUCCGGUAUAGGUUUCAAAGACGACUAUCGUUCACGUUCGGAAAGAAAUGCAGAUUUUUCCCAUUCCAGACAACGCUCCAUUUUGCAGAGAGGUCUUAUAAUGCCUCCUAGUAGAGGAACAUUUAACGAAACUGCAGGUUCUAGACUCACAGUUCGAGCGAUAUCCGAUUCAAGAUGGGAGAAUAUAAUACGAUCGGGUACUUCGAAAGGAAAUGGGGUGGUAUCAUCGUCGUAUGAACCUGCAACCGGAAUAAAUAACGACAAAGUUUCAGUGAAUUUUGACAAUCCACGUGAUGGAACGAGUUCGUCUACAGUAGUGCUCGGAAAUCGUACGAUCGUUUCAGAAGGGAAAAAUUCAUGGAGGAGUGGGGAUGCCACCACCUGUCCGGGACCAUCUGCUCCUGUGGUCAUGCAGGGGUUCGGUAGUUCGUCCGUUGGUUCUCUCUCAUCUGCCUGUACCACCGCGAUGCUUCACGAAGGAACGGACGAAGUUAUCGAAACGUCGGAAAAUUUCUCAACCCAAUCGCAAAUUUUAACGCGAAUUACCGCCUGCGACAAAUUGAGUCCAAAGGUCUAUUGCGGCAUGUCGAAAUCAUUGGUUCAUAGCUUGGAGGAUUUGAAUCCAACGUCGGAACAUUCAUCAUCGUUUUUACACUCGUACGGUAAUAAAAACGACAAACCACGUCCAUGGGGAAGCUUGCAAGAAAUACGGAGCACUCGUACCUGCACGUCGGACAAUUGUUUGCAUGGAAGUACAGAAUCAUGUGACAAAGUCAGCGAUUGUAAGAGCGUACAUACGUGGGCAAAUGGAUUUGAAAAAUUAUUGGGAGACCCAAAGGGUUUGCAGACGUUUGCAGAAUUUUUGAAGAAAGAAUUUAGUCAUGAGAACAUUUAUUUUUGGGCUGCUUGUGAAAGAUAUAAGGAUACAGAAGACCCAAUUAGUCGGUGCAGAUUAGCUUGGCAGAUUUACCAACGUCAUUUAUCAAAUACAGCGGCAGAACCAGUGAAUGUUGACAGCCAUGCUUCUGGACAGAUCACUCAAGAACUUCUUAAUGAAGCCCCUGCGGAUCUUUUUUUACAAGCACAAAAGCAGGUGUUUAAUUUAAUGAAGUUCGAUAGUUACCCUAGAUUUCUAAGGUCUGAACUUUAUCGUCAUUGUUUAGAAACAGGAAAUAGUGCUAUCAAUAUAGAAGAUUAUGAUUUAAAUCUUAUUAGUUCACCUAGCGUGAAACUUAAGAAGAGCCAUUCGGAUGCGGAAGACCGUUGCCGGAAAUCUAUUCUUCCUUGGCAUAGAAAAAAUAGAUCAAAAUCGAAAGAUCGUGGUGAAACAGAGUAUAAUAAAGUCCCCAACCGAAGUGAAACUAUAUACAAGAGUUUUACUACUAUUAAGAGAGAAGCAGAAGGUAAUAACAAUGAGGAUAGCGUAUCUAUAUCUAGUAGCAGAUCCUCUUUAGCAUCAUGGGAUUUGGCAUUGAGGCAAUCGUUUAAUAAACAUUCAGUAUCGUCCUGUGAAGGACAGUUGAAUGAAAAGAAAGAAGUUCGCACCAAAUGUACCGGGUUGUGUCGAGUAAUAUUAUCGGACGGGUCCACUACAGUAGUGCCGACUAGCCAAACUGAGAGCAUUAAAGAUGUGGUUACUCGCCUCCUCGAUAAAAGAGCUCUUCGAUAUACUAACUAUGAUGUUCUUAUACUAGCUACAGAUGAGGUAGUGGAUACAAAAUAUCCUUCUUCAGUAUUAGCAGGACAAGAGGUAGAAGUUGUACCGACAAAGGUUUUAAAAGUUGAUUUACCUUCACGUAGAGUAAUCACUGUGAUCGCACAUAAGGGAAGAACUCUUAAAGAAGUACUCAGGCCUCUUUUGAAUAAAUAUGGUUUCAAUUUGGAUUUAAUUAGUAUUUGGAGCGAGGGUCAUCGCGUUUGUAUGGACAUUUCUGCUAUUAAUGCACCCACAAGACUUACGUUGACUACAAACAGCGAAGAUGCCCAAAGAGAUCCAGCUUUGGUCAAGUAUUCUGACGAAAUAUCACGUGGACAACCAACCUUGGAUGAAAUAACAAAUAAAGUAUUCGAAGAGUUGUUAGUAGGAAAAAGUGCAAGCAAAUAUCAAUAUAAUGAAGGCUCGUGUAAAUCUGAUGAUCAACGUUCCGAAGGUUCUUCUAUAUUGCCAAGUAAAUUUUUUGUCCGUGAUUCUACCAUGCAUGGAAAAAAGAAGAUGAAAUCGAAGUAUACUACUGGAAGUGAGAAAAGUGGUGGCACUACUGAGUCCGUUAGCGAAGAAACUACUAGACCUCAUCCUCCUCUUAUUGCAAAAUGGCGAAAUGGCGUAAAAUUGCAACUUCCUGGAAGGUUCGACGGAGAUGAUUUGUACGAGGGAUUGAAAAGGGCACAACGAUCUAGACUAGAAGAUCAGAGAGGAACAGAAAUUAAUUUUGAAUUACCGGAUUUCUUAAAGAACAAGGAAAAUGGGAAACCUUUGGAUCGCAACAAGUUUCGAAGAGCUCGAGUAACGCCUGCCAAUUGCUGCGAGGGAAGCACGAAAUUCUAUGAUACCGGAGAAGAAAAAGAUGUUACGACGGGACAAGAACGUGCAACGUACUUGACAAACGGUAGAAUCGUUGAACGAUUAACAACAGUGCCUGAUACAAUAGAAUCCGUGAGUAAAGGUCUUGACACGUCAUUUACUUUGGAUGGAACUAUAGUAGAUGGGGAUCAGACAAUCGUUGAAAAUGGAUUUCGUUCGGAUUCAAAACAUCAAGAGUCCCAUUCUGCAGAUAGUCAGGUAUCACCAACUACAAAAUUAUCGAAACCACCACCAUUACCACCAAAACCUAAAAAUCUUGUUAUGAACGUAGUAAAGACUAGUUAUAUCAUGACAUCGAAGACACAUCAAAAAUCUGGGAAGGAAAGUCCUAUGAACAAUCAAUCGGAAUCCUGUCAAAAUAAAAAUGUUAUCAUUUAGUUCGGAUUUUAUUCAUUAGUUGUCGACAAUUUUAUAUUGUCGUCAAAUUUAUAUUUUUAAAUGGUCAAAAUCUUCGGAAUAAAAUAUAAUAUAGAAUUUCUUACAUUUUAUAUCUAUCUCUUCGUUAUAUAUCAAGAUCGUUAGAAAAGAAAAUCGUACUGAGACGAUUUGCGAACGAUUUUUGAGAUUAUUUUUAUAUAUCCAUGAGAAAUUACUUCGUAACAUUUUUAUAUUCAAUAGAAAUUCAAUGAAAUUACGAAGACACAAAAAAGAGGCCUUAUAAAAAAAAAAAGUACAUUAAUGUAUUGACGUGGAGAAUCGUUUUCUUUUUUCUUUUCUAUGAUAACAACGAAUCAAUACAAAUUUGUAAAUAAACUCAGGAAAAUAAUCGGACGGUGCUAUGGGCGAGCAUGGAAAUUACGAGAUAUUUUAACAAAAAAGAAAAAAAGGAAAGAAAAGAAAAGAAUAGAAAAGAAAAAAUGACGAAUCAUAGCUGUAAACAGAGCAUUACUUGACAGAAUUAUUCUUAAAAUUAUAUUUACACGGCGGAGGUUAUUAAUAUUCUUUCUUUUUUUUUUUCUUUUUUUAUUUGGUUUUUUAACGCAAACUCAAAAGUUCUAACGCCAUUAUGUUCUUCGGAAAAUACUCCCUUUAUAAUUUAGCCAAGAUAAAAAAAAUAUAUGUAUAUGUAUAUUAUUAUAUUCUCACAAUCACGUAACUACAUGCAGCUGUGUUAGUAAUAGCUUUGUACGUGCCUUAAAAUUAACGAUACAUUUCAUGUAAGAUCGAGAAUAGCACAGGACAAUGUCGUGAUCGUUAUAUUUAUAACUUUAUGAUAUAUAUUGUUACAUUCCUGGUUGUACAGGACACGUUAGGAAUAUUUUAUUAUAUUUAUAAUUAUCGACGCAUGUGUUGUUACAUCAACGAUAAAGAGAGAUUUGUGAAAGGAAUCCACAAAUUUAACACGAAUAAAUAAAUUAUCGAAAUUUCGUUUAA